CAGCACCGAUGAUCUUUAGUUGACUCAACCGUUUUUUGUGGUGAUGUAAAAAAACAAAAAACAAGCAGCCGAAGUAGGACAACCAAAAGCUCUAAGAGCUCUGGAGCCGACGUUCAAAGUGUCUUUUUGCCAGACUGCCACCAAAACUAGGUCACUGGCCUCUUUUUGAAGAUGUCUCAAUCCAUCGUGCAAGAGUCAGAUUCAGUCGUUCUGUGGAAGAGACGGUUUGAGAACCACGGAUUGUCUCCGGAUAAGAAACACGGCGUGAAAUUCUGGUGAUCUUGAUCUCGAUCUUGUUAUCGUGUCCGCUGUGCCGAAGCUCAACGAAACGGCGUCCGCUCCUCACGUUGGCCAGAGCGUCUCCUGCAACACUCCGAUGGAGGAGUUACGGACGAGUGGAUUCUAAGGGAUUAAAAGAGAGAUGAGCUGAGAUGAAUCUCUCCUCAACCCUUUGGAGAUUCAUUAUUACACUUCUGGGUUUUCCCUUCAAGCGCGGCCCUUUGCCUCCUGCCGGCUGCCAGCGCUUCAUCGCCUCUGGCUACCUGACCGUAAAUCCAUCUCCACUCUUCCUCAUCGGCUCGAACCUCACGGUGUACUGCUUUGUCCCGAACCUUCAGGGGAGUUCCACAUUAUACUUGAAGCUGAAUGGUGAGACUGUGACUCCUUCGAAGAAAUUCAACAGCACCACGGUGAUAUUCAGUCUGUUCAAUGUGCGGAAGCCACGAUCCGUCGUGCUCUGCAAGCUGAAGAAGGAGCAGCUGACUAAGGUCGUCGCUGGACUGGACCUGCACGGCGGCCUCCCUCCAGAUAAACCUGAAAAUGUUCUCUGUGAAAUGUCAAGGAGCUCCGUCUUGAUCACCUGCACCUGGGAGAGAGGACGGGAAACACACCUCCUCACCACCUACAACGUGUCCCUCUGCAGAGAAAAUGGGACCCAGAUCCUGUUCGAUCAGAUCCGGGGUGCCGGAGAUGUCGCAAUACGUCGAGCAGAGAUAGACGAAGACUCGACUCACCGGUUGAUCAUCACGGCUUACAACCACUUUGGAGCGUCGCCUUCUGAUCCGUUCACGCUCCGUGUAAAGGAUAUAAUGAUACCAGAAAGGCCUCGCAUCGUGCAGAUAGAGUUUAACUCCAGUGCAGCUCGGUUGCGAUGGGAAACGUCCGGAUCCUCAGAGAGUCUCCGACCCGACGUCCAUCUCCGCGCGGCUAGCGGCUCGUGGGAAGCGGGAGCGGGAACCGAACUCGCCGAGGGUUUGAUUCGAGUGGCCGGGCUGAGGCCUCUGACCGACUACGAGGUCAAGAUGAGAACGUGUGGCGGCGCGGCGGGGUCAAACUCCAGCGAGAGGUCGUCCUGCAGCAAGUGGAGCCCGUCGGUUUGGGGCAGAAGUCCCGGUAAAGGUCCAUCGCUGCAGAUGCACGUGUGGAGGACGUUCGGCGGCCCGGAGACCGGCGGGCUGCGCACGGUGACCGUUUUGUGGAAGCCUCCGUCUCCAGACGAUUACAGCGGCGCGGUGCAGAGCUACCGGAUCUUUCUGGGCAAGGACCAGAAAGAGGAAGUGACCUGUCCUGCCUCAUUGAGCCGGAGUUCCCUUCAGGUGUCGACGGAGCUCCGGGCAAUGAGCAUCAGCGCCGUCACCUCGUACGGGACGUCUCCAUCGGCCGAUGUGCCGCUCGGACGCUCAGGUGCUUUUGGACCCGACUUGAGAGAGUUGGUCCCUUCGGAUGACGGCAGCUCCGUGUUCGCCUCCUGGUUGUGGCCGGAGAACGGACGCCCGUCAACAUCUGGAGGAGAACCGCUGCACCAUGUGUUGGAGUGGACGAGCGUUCCUGUGGCAGAGCCGCAGUGGCAACAAAUGGCCCUGGAUCAAAACUCCACUUUCAUCAGAGGUCUGUCUGCAGGUGUGAGGUACAACAUCUCUCUGUACGCUGUGACCACCAGAGGCGUCAGUGCUCCAUCAUCCCGUCUGGUCUACUCCAAAGAACAGAAGCCGACGUCCGGUCCCAACAUGUCGGUUCUGGUCCACAAGUCCAGACGGAUCCUGAUCCAGUGGGACGAGCUGCCUGUCGUCGAGCAGAAAGGCUUCAUCACAAACUACACCAUCUAUCUCCAGACGCUGGACGCCAGCUACACAAAACUCAAUGUGACGGUGCCCGGCUCCGCCCCCAGGCAAAUGUGGCUGGACUGUCCCGAGGGAGCUCUGGCUCUGCAGAUGACUGCGUCCACCUCGGCAGGAGAAGGCCAGCGGGGGGGUCGGGUCUACUCUCAGCAUGAAGGCUCUGCAGUCGGCCUGGUGGUUGUGAUGGUUUUCAUCGUUACCCUCUUUGUAGCGAUCGUGGCCAACCUGAUGUGCUGGAGCUGUGUGCGGCGAAGAGUCAAACAGAAGUGCGUAUCGUGGGGACCUGCCUGGCUUUAUGUAAACUUACCGAAACUGGGAAACAGUAAUGCCAUCAAACUACUGGAGUACGGGAGUGAACCGUUCCUCUCGUCCACUCACAGCGACCCGCCGCUGUCGCCCAUCAGCCUGGUCUCUCAGGAGGAGAGGGACGACGUGUACCCGACCGUCCACGUCCAAUCGGGAGCCGCGGCGGAGACGCCUUCGCCCACGUGGCGUCCCGGGACGACGGAGGUCGACAGCUACAAGCCCCAGGCGGCGACGCCGGCCCCGCGGUGGGACGAGCGGAAGGAGACGGAGGACGAGCGGAGGGACGGGGAGGAGGACAGGUGUCCGUUCGGGGGGUUGCUGGGAGGCUUCCUGACCGGCGAGCGGGUGGAUCUCUCCGAUCCGGCCCUGGGGUUGACCCUCGCCGACGCCGGCGGUUUCCUGUGGCCUAAAACGCCCGAAACGACUAUUUUCUUGGAUGGAGACUUCCUGCUUGGGAGGAUGGGCCCCGAGAACAGGAUGGAAGCGGAUUCUCUGGAUUCCCAACAGGGGGAAAUACUGAUCCCCGAGUCCACUUGUUUCUCCCAGUACACAGUUGAGACGCUGACCGGUGGAUAUUUCCCACAAGCAGCAGCGCUCAGCUCCUCCUCCUCCUGUCGCCUCGCUGCUCUGUUGGGGCCUCGGGAGAACCAGAACCAGGACUGGUGCUAUAAAAGGGACUCGGAAGCACUUCCACUUUUGUCCACAGGGACCGCCAAAAGCAACACACAAUGAAAGUUUCUUGCGAGUAGCUUUAAGUAAAACUAAGUAUUUUUGAUAUAAUGAAUAAAUAAAUAAUUGUUCACUUCAUAAUUGCUGGUAAUAGGGCACUUCUAUGUAUUUAUUGAAACAGCUGAUAUUCACAAAGAACAGAGCCAAUGAAGCAGAACAGUUGCUUCAGAGUCCGUAUUUUUGGUCAA